AUCAUGCGGAAGUCAACGUAGCGUGAGGUCACUGUCGGAAUGGAGAAUGACCACAGCAUUUCCCCUGCAUUGUAAUUCAGCUGCCUCUCCUGUUUGUGAAUUGCUGGCGUAAAUCCAUCAAUGGCUUCUUGGUUCAAGAUAACAGCCGCUCUAGUCAUUUUGCUGGUCUGCAUUCCAUGUCUACUGGCCAAUGACUCCCCAUGGACAACUCCUCCAGUCGCGGAACCCUGGGGAUUGUCGCAGCAGUCUCCGGCCAUUCCAGGGUCCCAGCCUCAGGUCAAUCCGACCGCCCAUCGUCGCUCGAUUCUCAGCCGUCCAACCAGACAUUGUCACGAGCAUCGCCACCAGUUCCGUCCGAAUCGUUCGCGCAUUCGCCGGUUGAAUCCCAGCCUCCCUUGACCAACCGUCCGUCAGUACUGCGGGCCCGCCGAUCUCCCAGCCAUCCGCGGAGCCAUUGGCGCAGCAGCCUCCGCCGCUUCCAGCUCCCCCACAGGCAAGGGGUGGCGCAUUGUGUCGUUUGUGAAGAUCCGCAACUGCACGGAUCCGUUCAAAGUGCAGCCCAUGCGGCAGGAGCCAUGCACAUGCACGCCUGAGGACUUUGACGUCACGUACAGCAUCUCAGACGAUGGCACCAAAUGCAACAUGCAGUACCUCCCAGCCAACUGCACGGGAGCACAGCAGUCGGCGUUCAUCCCCGUCGACAUGGUCUACUGCGGCCUGGCGAGCGCGCCGUGCACAGUGGCGACAUGGACGCCAUCUACUCCGACUGCGACUUCAUUCGCCACCCCCUCACAGGCCAGGCCAUUUCUGACACGCCCGUUGUUGAGGAGGGGCUCCAUCCGCCUGCCGCCCAGCACCUACAUUCCCUGCGACAUGCAGUGCGGCGUGGGCCACUACCUGCGCCACGACCACUGCCUCAAGUGCCCUGCAGGCACGUACAGCAUGGGGGAAAAAUGGAGAUUCGAGGAGAUAUAUGAGAUCGACCCCAAGUACUUCAAGACCGAGUGCAAGUUCACCAACGCCACGGGCGCCUUCGACUGCGACCCCUGGUACGCGGACGAUGGGGCGUUCGAGGCAGGGGCGUACGACUACAUCAACGACUGGCUCCCGGAGGUGUGUGCGUCGGACGCGGCGUACAACUGCCACAACAACCUGCGCUCCUCACUCUCGCUGGACGUCAACCUCGUCAGGGACGGGUACGUGAAGUUCAACUUCACGGUGAGUGCGGAGAUGGGCCAUGACGGGCUCUCCUUCUACAUCGACUCACUCGCUGAGCCCCUCAUGGCGCUCACCUCCUACCAGUUUGAGCCGCGCGAGAUGGUGUUCCCAGUGGAGGCCGGGCAGCACCGGCUGGUGUGGGAGUACAGCAAGGACAGCAAGUGGAGCAAGGGCGAAGACGUCACCACCAUUCCGUACAUCGAGGUGGACGGCGUUGCCUUCAACGACUUUCACUGCCUGCCCUGCCCGCCUGGCUCCCACAGUGGUGAGGGCGCUGCUGCCUGCCUGCCAUGCCCUGAUAACACCUUUUCCAAGGAGAGGGCGUCAGAGUGCACGCCCUGUGGCAGCAGCACGUAUUCGCGCAUCAUCCCCCGCACCGAGUGCAAGCCUCGCCCCUCGUGCAGCAUCGAGCGCGACGCCACCAUCGCAUACACGCCGUGCCAGCUGGCCUCCAAGAAGCGAACCAUGAGGUGGCAGUGGAUCCAACCACAGAUCUGUGACCCCACCAACGUCUCUCUGCCUAAUGACACUCCACUUGACUGCGAGCCGUGUCCCGAUGGCCAGCAAGCAGAGCCGGACCCCCAGUCAGGGGAAAUCCGCUGCACACUCUGCCCCCCUUGCCUUGCUUGCUCCCUCUGCCCCCCUGUGAGUGCCUUGCUUGCUCCCUCUGGCCCCUGCACAGCACGGCAGGCGAGCUACGAGGGUGGGGCGGGCGGCAUGCUGGACGCGCAGUGCGAGGCGUGCGAGGCGGGGCAGGUGGCGAUGAAGACCCUCUCCCUCAAGCACUUCGCCAUGCAGCACAACGGCGCGCUGCCGCCCGGAUUCACCACGGGGUGCCACGGCGACUGCGGCACGUUCGGGUGGCGCGCCUUCCAGGACCACCUCGACUCCGGCAGCGGCCACGGGCCCUCCGCCACCAUCUGGCUGGCGCUGGACGUGCGCAUGGCGGUGCGCGGGUACAUGACGUUCAACUACUCCGUGGACAUCCUGCCAGGGGACCCGGGCAGGGCCUUCUUCUUCUUCAUCGACCACGACCUCAUGGACUAUGUGGAGCAACAACGGGUGGAGUGGGAGGGCGGAGGGGAGGGCGAGGGGUACGAGCACCCGGGGGCGGCGGAGGACGAGGCGCGGAUGAGCGGCAUGUGGGAGCUGGAUGCGGGCAACCACACCGUGAUGUGGGUGUGGCAGAAGCUGCACGACACGGGCGCGGCUGCAAGGACCACUCGUGACUCGGCAGUCAUCUAUGAGAUCCAGAUAGAGGGCGUGGCGGAGGGGGGUGCAGCGCGGUGUGAGGAGGUGCCGCAGGGGUCGGUGCUGGCAGCGGGGGGCGACUCGUACGUGCCGUGCCCCCCCGGCACGUCCAGCGAGGGCGGCAACUCCUCGUGCCUGCCGUGCCCGCCCAACACCUUCAACAGCCAGCCCGAGGGAGCGCAGUGGGCGUGCAUGCCGUGUGGCCUGGGCACGUCGUCCCUGGAGGGCAGCCGGGAGUGCGUCAUAGGCGAUGCCACGCGCCCUGAGUCCUUCUGCACCUUCACGCUCUCCCGGGACUCGCUGCGCACCCCAGCCCAGCAGGGCCAGGAGGGGGAGGAGGGGAAAGAGGGCGAGGAGGGGCAGCAGGAGGAGGAGGAGGGCGCAUUGCCCCCGGAUGAUUUCAGUGGUGCGUUCACAGACGCCACAGGGGACACCAUGGCUGCUGUGAUUGCCAAUCAGUCGGCGGCAGCUGUGGUGUUCGACCUCUCCCCUCUGUCGCGCAUGCACCCCGGCCGAAUGUUCGGCCCCGUGCUGGAUGCUGCUGCUGCUGCUGCUGCUGGGGGGCACGCAGGGGCAGGGGGGGGAGGGGGUGGUGCACAGAAGGGGAAAGGGGGCGGGGCGGGGCGGCAGCAGGCGGAGUAUUUCUUCAGUGUGUGCAAGCGGGACACCAGCAACGACACCUGCUAUGACUACUCGGGCCAAUCGCUCAACACAUACGCGUGCAAGGUGGAUCCACAAGAGGCUAUAGGGGGCGGGCUGCGCCCGGGCCACAGCCUGGGCAGUGCGGUUUCAGUGGAGUCGCUGGCAGCAGUGCACCCGGCGCUGUACCGGCGGGGGCUGGUGAUGGCGCUGACAGGGGACGAGUGCCCGCAGACCAACAUGCCGCGCGAGACCAAAGUCACCUUCAUAUGCGACCCCGCUGCUGGCCACGGGCAGCCAGAGGCGUGGACGGCAGAGGGGCAGGAGGCAGCGUUGAACCCAGCACUGGCCUACCCGCACUACGUAUCGCGGGAGGGCGCGGUGCAGCCCAUCGAGCAGAGCGACUGCUCGUUCGGCGUGGUGUGGUACUCGCUGUUUGCGUGCCCGCUGUGCACGGAGGACGACUACAAGCGUGUGGAGGCUGCUGCCUGCAUGGACGACAAGAGGGCCACCUUCAAGUGGAAAACACCCACACUGUGUCAGCUGAACCCGUCGCACCCUCUUCCACCGGACGAGCCCUGUGAGCCGUGCCAGCAGGGAGAAAUCAUCCGCACAGUGGGCGACUGUGCCGACGCCGACGGGCGCCACAACGUCACGUUCGCGUGGCGCCAGCCGCACCACUGCAGCGCCACGCUGCCGGGGGCUGCCUCUCUGCCCGCAGCAGAGCUGGUGGGGCCGUGUGAGCAGCGCCUGCUGUACGUGGCGUCAGAGGCCCUCUCCCCCAUGUGGGCGGCGCUCUUCGUGGCCCUCGGCCUCUGUAUCGUGUGCUUUGGCUCGCUGUCCCUCAUGACGUGGUUGCGCAGCCGUCGAUUGCGGCAGAUGUAUGAACGGCUGGUGGAGGCCGAGGUGCAGAUGGAGCGGGAGAUGGGCGACCUGCAUGGGGAUGAUGACGCGGAUGUGGAUGCGGAUGUGGAGGACACACGACAGCUCACUAAUGGUGACUCCUAGGGGAGCCACUGAGUGAUUUUCAUUAAGUAUUUAGUGCGUUUGGAGGGCGAGAUUUCCGAACAUAUAGGUGUACAUAUAGGUAUUGCAUCAAACUUCUAUUAGCCUCUUGUAAAGGCCUUACCCGCUUUAUUUAGCACAGAGAUGUAGCAGUAAAUGGUGAUGCGUAUUGUCCUUGUUACUGUGUUGCU